CUUGAUAAAGAUUAAACUACUACCCGCCGCCAUAUUUUAUUUCAAUUGACGAACUGAAGAUCAGAAGAAGUGUCUGGUGCUUUGUUACAGAUUUAAGACAUUUCCAUCACAUCGUGAUUACAUAGGUCACUUAAAAAGUCCAUGAUGUGUCCGCGGGACUCGCCAUAUCAGACAAACCUGCGUCCCAAAUGAAUUAGCUGCAUCUUGGAUGCAGAUUUUUGCAUUAGUGACAACCCUGGAAAAGAACGGAAGUUAAUAUACAUGUAUCACCACGGUUGGCUAAAGGGAAAGUGCCAAAAUUUCAAAUAUUGAAAUCAGCAUAAAUGUUCAAAAUGUCCUCUUUUUUAAAGAGAUGCAUGACCAGUUAAAAUCGUAGUAAAGUCAAAUGUAUAGAUAGAAAUAUGUUGUAAUUUUCAUGUAAUCUAUAUGGUAAUGCCAUAAAAUGUAGUUUCAAAUUUUGGCACUUUCCCUUUAGCCAGGCGUCAUAUUUGAAAACUUUCGUUCUUUUCAGACCGAUUUGACGGGAUGGGAACCGAACCCACACUCCAACAUGGUGUCAAUAGACAGAGAUGACCCUAGAAAUAAAAUAUUAAAAUGCCACCUAGAGGAAAACAAGUAGCUAGAAGAGGGAGAGGUUCAAGUUCACGUGCAGUAGCUGUAAAAAAGGAAUCUGUAAAACCCAUCGACGAAGAGGGCGAAAAGAAAAUGGAAAGAGGAAGUGAAGAAAAUUUGGUGGAUGUUGAUUUGACAGCUUCUGACCAGGAGGAGGAGGAGGAAGAGGAAGAGACCAGUAAGGUGGAAGCUGUGAGUGUGAAGGAGGAAGAGACAACAGAGGCUAUAAAAAAUGAAGAGAAAGAUGAAGUUGAACUGACUGCAGUGGAGUUGAUGGAUGAAAAUGAGGAUCAGUUGGAUGAAGAUCAGAAAGAGGAAGAGAGCAAAGAGGAUGGGGAGAAAGUGAAGGAAAAGAAGGGGGAAGAUCCAGGAAAGAAGGAUGGGGAGGAGGACAAAAAGGAGGAAAAAUCUGACCCUGAUGCUCCAGAAAAAACUCUUCUCACACAUGUUGUGAAGGGCCCUGUGCGAAUCUCUGUUUUGACAGUUGCAGAUCUGAGUAAUAGAGAUUUACAGUCACUAAUCCAGAAGUCUGUGAAGGCAACUUUGGACUAUGAUGAUAGAAAAGGAACCGUAACAAUGUGGUUUAAUCCUCGGCGCAGUCGGAAAGCUAUAGAUAUAUUAUCUAGUCUGGCCAAACUGAAGCUGACCAAUGAUGAAAUCAGUGUCGCCUGUCCUAGAGCUUUUGCAGCAUUGUUGGCGACCGAGAAGAGGAGAGACAAGUUUCCAAAUUUUGAUGGAGGUCAGAAAAAAGAUAAAUCAGCUUAUUGCACCAAUAUUCCCCCUGACACCACAGAGGAGGUUUUGAGAGCAAUUUUCCCAGAAUGCAUCAAUGUUCUUAUUCCCACUAAUGAGGAAGGUGAAAACUUUGGGUGUGCUAUCCUGGAGUUUAAGAGUGGACAGGAGGCAGCUAGCUGUGUGGAGGGCAACAAAGAUGUGGAGGUGGGGGACCACAAGAUUAAGUUGAGCCACUGCUACCCCAUGCCAGAUCAUGUGCAAAAAAGGUUGGAAGAUGAUAGAAAGCAUGAUAGACCCAGAGAAAAACAUAGCAGACCAACCGGUAGCAGGUUUUCCAACCUGAAGAAUAGACGAACAAUGCCUGUCAAACGGUUGGGCACCAGUCUUUCCACUAGGUACAAAUUUGGUGCUAAUAAAAUGGGUAGCGUGAGGGGCCGAAUGCAGCGAGGAGUCAACAGAAGCAACUAUAACAACAUGGGGCCUAACAGAAACAUGGGCACUAACAGAAACGUUGGUUCUAAUAGAAAUACAGGACCAUCAACUGAGAUGCUGGUGAACCAGAUGUCAGCUCUGACUAACAUGGUGAUGUCCAGCCAGCAGAAACUGGCUCAGCAACAGAAUCUGGUUAGGCAGAUGGCCAAUCAGCAGAACAUGCUGAACAUGAAUGCUGGGAUGUCUGGUGGUGGAUCCAUCAGUGGUGGAAUGGGAGGAGGUGGAAGAGGCUUCAAUGAGAUGGAUAACAUCAAUGAAGUUCGGAACCGGAGGGACUCGUUUGAACGUGGUGGAGAUAGAAUGGGAGGAAGCAGAAUGGGAAUUAUUGGAACACAGAGGUCGCAGGGCCGACGUGAUGACUUUGAUUCUCACUCUAGAGGAGGCUCAAGUAACCGAAGGAACAACAACAACACUCCAGGCAAUAUUCCUCCAGGAGAGUCUGCCUGCUUCAAAUGUGGAAAGGAUGGCCACUGGGCUAGGGAAUGUCCAAACCAGAACCAAAGAGCAACCGCUUCCAUGACUUCCGACCGUGGACAUUCUUCUGACCGUGGACAUGUUUCAGACCGUGGACAUGUAGCAAACAAGCUUGGAGGACCAAAACCAGAGGACAUGUGCAACAAGUGCGGAGAAAGGGGUCACUGGGCAAGGGAGUGUCCCAACCCACAGAGAAACCCAAGACCAAGUAGUGGUAGACAGAGCUAUGGAGGGCGACAAGACAACUAUGAAUCCAAGAGGUAUGAUGUGGAUCCACCAAGAAUUUCAGAGGAUGUACCAUUUAUGACCGGCAUUGCCAGUGGAAGCAGCCAAAGGUUUGAUGACAACUUUGACAGGUUCCAGUCGAACAAACGCAAGAGUGAUUAUGAUGACCAUCGAGGCCCAAAAAGAUCAAAUUACGGAGGUCAAAGAGGAGGUGGAGGCAACAGAAGAGAUGGUGGACGGGGCUAUGGCAACAGAAACUCCUCACCCCAAAGACGUAACCCCAAACAAGAAUCACCUAGGGAGAAGUCAUGGACCUCAGCCCAGUCCAAAUGGGAACAGUAUAAUAUGUCAAAGCAGGGCAGUGGGGGUUCCAGAAAUUAUGGGAACAACAAUUAUGGAGACUAUUACUGAAAAAAUAAUGUGGAUAUAAUUCAUGUAAAGGAUUGUCAUAGUAAAUGGUCAUGUUACUUUUAUAAUUCAUCUCAUCAAAAACAUUCUGAAAUUUCAUUAAUUCAUUUUGUGGACCCAUGAUGUUUUAUCUUUUCAUAAAGCUUGCAUUACAUUGUUGUAAUUGUGUCACUUGUAGUCAGAAGAAUAAAAGUGUACACGAA